UAAUCUAUCAGUGGUGGCAGGUAACAGAUGAUCCCCGCACUGUAAGAUCCUCAAAUAUAACACAAAAUGUACAGAAAAUUACCAUGUUUAUUUUUAGUUUCUGUUGGUGUUAAUGACUUCUAGAAAAACAGGAACUUUUGACAAUUCUUUCAAUGCAAAAUACAAAACAACAUGAAUAAUAAUGAAAGAAAAUCGACUUCUCUGCAUUUGAAAAAUUAAAUAUUUAAUUAAUUUAGCUGCACUUUACUCACAAUUUUAAUAGAAACUCCUUUAAACCACAACAGUAAACACCAAUUAAACUGCAAAAACUUUUUUUUUUCUUUUUCAGAAGAUGCUACAGUUCUCCAAAAUCCAAACUUUAAAGCUGUAAAAAGUUGAUCUAUGGCACAGUGAGCGUGUCAAAGUAUCGGGGGAGUGGAUUUGUUAUCAGCAGCCUGAGAGUGCAUGUUCUGAUCAAAGUGCACUCAGCCGGACUGUGGAAGCGCCGUGCAUGCUCAUCCAUUCAAAGCAAGCUUGGAAUAAACUGUAGUAAAGGUGAAACGAUGAGGAAAGAAAAGCCUCAGCUGACAGAGUUUUUAGAGGUGGUCAGUGUUCUGCAGUGGGUGUGCAGCUUUCUCUUCUUAGGAGUGGCUUGUAUUAUCUUGAUGGUGUAUCUUAUGUUUACCUCUCUGUGGCCGCUUCCCACUCUGUACUUUGUGUGGCUGGUGAUGGACUGGCAAACGCCUGUAAGAGGAGGUCGAGGAACAACGUUUGUCAGGAGGUGGAGGGUGUGGAGCCUCUUUAGAGACUAUUUUCCUGUUAAACUUGUGAAGACAGCAGAGCUCAACCCCAACAAAAACUACAUCCUCGGCAGCCACCCGCACGGCAUCAUGUGCGUGGGGGCCUUCGCCUGCUUCAGCACCACCAGCUGUGGCUUCCCUCAGCUGUUUCCCGGGCUACACUCCACCCUGGUCAUCCUGGCCGGCCUGUUCAAGAUCCCGCUGUUCCGGGAAUACCUGAUGGGCGCAGACCUUCUACCAGUCAGUAAGCCAAGCCUCGCCCACCUCCUCUCCCAGCGCGGCAAAGGCAACGCAGUGGUGAUUGUGGUGGGAGGAGCUGCAGAGUCUCUGGCGUCUUCUCCUGGGGUCAACACAGUGGUCAUGAAGCAGAGGAAAGGGUUCGUCAGGACAGCUCUGGAAUUUGGAGCUGAUCUGGUGCCAGUUUACACCUUCGGGGAGAACGAGCUCUUCCAGCAGGUGAUCUUCACAGAAGGCAGCGUGGGUCGCACUCUGCAGGACUUGUUUAAAAAAAUCAUGGGCUUCGCUCCAUGCCUGUUUCUCGGUGAGCGCUUGGGGCUCAUCCCCUACAGGAGACCUGUCACUACUGUCGUGGGAAGUCCAAUAUCAGUCCCUAAAACCAUCACCCCAACUCAGGAGGAAGUGGACCACUAUCACAAACUCUACAUGGAAGCUCUCACUGACUUGUUCCAUGAACACAAGGUCAGCUGUGGACUUUCUGAAAGUCACGAGCUUCAAAUCAUUUAGAACUUUUUUACAGUAAACACCUGUGAUGUUUGGAUGUUCCAGUCAUCUAUCAGAAAUGGAGAAAACUGUUUAUCUUAACUCCUCCACCCUCUAUCUUUAGACAUUUUUGAACAAAUAGAGAAAUAGCUUACAACUUAUUUAUAAAAUAAGUUGCAUGAAAAUGUAAAGAAAACCUAAAAAUAGAAACCAUUUCAAUUUUCAGCUUCAUUCUGGAGACUUUACAGAUGCUUAAAGCUGAUGUUUGUCCGAUCCAUUUUUAGCUGGCUAUCUCACAGCUUUAGGAUUGGGUGUUUUUAAUAUCAAUGGAUAAAAAAAUAUUUCCACAUCAGUUUAUCUCGCUGUACAAAGGCCACAAAGUCACACUCCCAAGACGCUGUGAUUUUAGCUUUUAAGGAAACAAAGGUACAUUUGAGAACAGAUGCUUUCUGUCUUUUAGUGUUUUACAGAAGUUUACACAUGAAAAUCGGAUCACCUAAAUCCUUCAAAUAUAAACAAUAUGAAUAUAGAUACAUAUUUUUGAAACAUUUAAACUGUCAUGACAAGCUGUCAAAAGUGUGCCUAAAAUAUAAAUAUAUUCUUUUUUGGGGGGGUUGUUUUUUUGAAAAAAAGCUCAAAUUUCUCGUUUUUUUCAUGUUGUAAAGUUCAGAUGUAAUUGGUUGUUUGGUUUUUGGCACAAAAUCCAUUUAUCUAUCAGAUUCAUUGAUGAUUUGCUGGAUUUUCCUGUUUGUUGCCACCUAAAUUACUGAAAUAUGGAAAAGAACAGAAAAUACCUUUUCAAAAAGAGCAACAAAAAAAUAAAUAAAAUUAGAAAUCUUUUAGGAGAUAUUGAAAUUGUACUGGUUCCAUCCUGCUUUAAAUACUUACAUAAAUAACAAGAUUGUGGCAAAUUUUACAAAUCUUUAAAAGUCCCCAUGUUUCUAUUGUCUAGUUUGAUUUCUUCAGAAUGUGAGGAAACACCAAAAAGUAUUAAAAUUGUUACUUUUUAAAUCAAACAAUGCUUGAAAUGCAUGUUUUUGUUUUUUUU